CUUGUUCUACCUCUUCUCAUACUCACUCAGUCAUGGCCUGCUCAACUCCCUCUGCUUCUCUCCUCUCUGUGAACCCUAGAAUCCUCUUAUCUCCCAAAUUCCCUUCUUCCUUUUCUUCACUCUCCAUUCCCAAUUCCUCCAAUUUUCUUUGCAAACCUUUACACACUUCCCUCCCUCCCUCUAUUUCCGUCAAUCGCUGCUCACGUUCUCCCCGCAGCUUUAUUGUUAGGGCUUCUAGUGAACUUCCGUUAGUUGGGAACACAGCACCGGAUUUUGAAGCAGAGGCUGUCUUUGAUCAGGAGUUUAUCAAGGUCAAACUAUCUGAAUAUAUUGGGAAAAAAUAUGUUAUCCUCUUUUUCUACCCGUUGGACUUCACAUUUGUCUGUCCGACAGAAAUCACUGCUUUCAGUGACCGGCAUGCAGAGUUUGAGGAACUAAAUACAGAGAUAUUGGGUGUUUCAGUUGACAGUGUUUUCUCGCACCUUGCAUGGGUUCAAACAGAUAGAAAAUCAGGUGGUCUUGGCGACUUAAAGUAUCCUUUGAUUUCUGAUGUCACCAAAUCCAUAUCAAAAUCAUAUGGUGUUCUCAUUCCUGAUCAGGGGAUUGCAUUGAGGGGAUUGUUCAUCAUGGACAAGGAAGGGGUUAUCCAGCAUUCUACCAUUAACAACCUGGCAAUUGGUAGAAGUGUUGAUGAGACAAAGAGAACACUCCAGGCCUUGCAGUAUGUGCAGGAGAACCCAGAUGAAGUUUGCCCUGCUGGGUGGAAGCCUGGUGAGAAGUCCAUGAAACCAGACCCUAAGCUUAGCAAAGAGUACUUUGCUGCGGUGUAGGGAGGAUAAUACUUAAUAGUAACAAAUGCCCAUAUGUAUCAAUUAGGGAUCUUAAAGCAUUUUGUUUUAUAAAUGUGAGUGCUCUUAAAUUUUGAGGCUUUGGAGUGAAAUCUGUAAUGAUUUUACCAUUUAGUUUGUUUAUUAUCUGUAUAUCAUGAUUGUGUACGAAUAAUGCUUUAAAAUCUAUAAUGGAUCUCCAAGCAGUCGUAGUUCAGUGACUUUAUCAAGCAAGGAACUCU